UCCCUUCACCUCCCCCUUCAACUCCACCUCCAACUUAACUCCCUUUGCAUACAACAACCAAAUACUCAAGUACCCACUUGCUCAAGGGCAUCUUAACCACCUAUCUCAAUCCAGCCAUAGAACAGUCCAGCGGGCAACAGUGCGUCUCUGGCAGCUUCGUCGAUCAAGUCAGCUCGGCGUCCAAGCGAUAGGCAUCUCAGCUCGAGCUGAACAACACAGAGGGGAAAACAUCUGUCCUCAAGUCUGCGCAACUUGCGCAGUGCGGUGCCGACCUCCAUCAUGGGUCUAGCAUACAACGUCUACCUGAACAGCAACAAGAUCUAUGGCUGCAAGAACUGCAAAGCUCAUCUGGCUAAUCAUGAGGACAUCAUAAGCCGGAAUUUUCGGGGCCAGCACGGCAAGGCCUACCUGUUCAGCACCGUCGUCAACGUCACCGCAGGCGAAGCUUCGGAGAGGAAUAUGACCACCGGGAGACACAUCGUGAGGGACAUAACAUGUCGGCAGUGCAAUGAAACGGUAGGAUGGAAAUACGACAAAGCCUUUGAGCCGAGUGAGAAAUACAAGGAAGGGAAGUAUAUUUUGGAGGCGGAAUUGCUGUGUAAUGUUACGUGA